UCGUAAAGGAAACUAUGAAGUCUUAUUUAACUGAUUGCAGAGUACGAGCGAGUGUUCCGACGUAUAUGUCCGAAUGGAAAGCUGAACAAAGAUGAUCUAAUGGAAUUCUUCAAUGGUUGUGACUUAUGGCCGACCCAAAAUGAUAUUAAUAGAUCAUUUGACGCCAUUUAUAGGGGUUCAAGGAACACAGCGGAAGUCGUCUUUGCACUUGACUGCUCUACAAGCACUGGAGUUGUCGGGUUUCACAGUCUGAUAAAGUUCGUCAAGGAACUUGUUUCGCUGCUUGAUGUGGCGCCUGACCGCACGCGCGUUGCCAUGGUCCCAUACAACGAAGCAGUCUUUACGUCAUUUCCGCUUACCGCACACACGAAUAAAAAGGAUCUGCUAGAAGCGAUAUCAAAGAUCAAACUGUGGCAUGGAUUGACCAGAACGGACAUUGCUCUUGACGCGAUCAGAAAUAUGCUUAAGGCCUCGAGGCCAGGCGUCCAGAAGAUAGGUAUUGUGAUCACGGACGGGCGUUCAACGGAACCGGAAAAGACGUCACGCGAAGCACAACUAGUUCAUGAGAUGGGGGUCCAAAUGUUCGCCAUAGGCAUUGGAAACAAGACAGAUGAGAACGAGCUACAAACUAUCGCUACCAACCCUGACUGCGUCUUUCGCGUUCUUGACGUCAAAGAACUCGGCGGCAUCCGACGUCAAAUAGAAAGGCGAUUUUGUUUAGACACCGGCUCACUUUUCGCACCAAUCAUAUCGUCCGACGAAAGUCACUUGUUCAGGCCAGUCAGCCAAUCACCGAGCUUGGAACUUGUAUGGAACUGUUAUCCACCAGAAGCUUGUGGUCUUGCACAUGCGCGUCGAUCUCGCUGGAUACGUCCGGUGGUGAAGGGACAAGAAGCAUGGGCACUUUUAGACGACAAUAUCAUGCGAGCAACGGGAAUGAGAGCCUGUCUAAAGCUUGUGAUCAAAGCGAGGCUGCACAGAGAGGGUUACGUUACUUUGCCUAGUGACGUCACAAAUGACGUAGAACACGUGACGAGUGAGGUCCAGGCGCUGCAUCUCAUCGAAAAAUAUAUUGAAAGUCAAAAGAACAAUAUUAAAAUAAAACAAAAUGUAUUUGUGUGAAGAAAACGAUGUCAGAUAGGCAGUAUUCUGAUCGUACAAUGGUGAACAAUCUUAUAGCAUUUUUACCCCCCAAAAACGAAAAAUGAACACAGAAGAAAAAACGCCCCAAAUUAACGAUAUUCUACAUUCGAACAAUAAAAGUUCAUAGUUUAUUAUCAAAUAUGGUAUGUAUUUAUGCAUAUGGUCAUAAUAAACAUA